ACCGUCACCAUACCUAACAAGUUGGAAUUCCAUUCAACAUAGCCAACCAUCACCACAAUGUCCUCUAAAGAUGACCCCGCAGCAGCCUGUCCCGUCGACCAUAAGACUCGCGAGGCAUGGCUUGCUCAGGCCCGCGCCCAAAACACCAAUGCGCCUCCAAAUCCCCACCACACACCCAUCCCCACGCCCGCCGCCCCGCCAGCAACACCUCUACGACCACAAUCACAAUCGGCCGUCCAGCAAUCCUGCGACUCCUCGUCUCUCGACCAAACCGCAUUCUCCCCUCCACCAACAAGUACAAGCGCCUUCUCCCAAAUCCGACUUGGCACCGACCGCGAAGUCAGCACCAUCCCGCGCGCCCUCCCAAACACCCCCUCGCAAACCCCCGCCAACAACGAGCGCGACACGGGCGCCGACAAAACCACCGGAAACUGGAUCUAUCCCUCGGAGCAAAUGUUCUUCGACGCCAUGCGCCGCAAAGCCUACGACCCCUCCGCGCCCGACAUGCGCACCAUAGUCCCCAUCCACAACGCCGUCAACGAGCGCGCCUGGCACGAAAUCAAGCGCUGGGAGCAAGGCCGCGGCUCUGAAGCCUGCGGGGGUCCCAAACUCGCUUCUUUCUCUGGGCUCAGCACAAGUUUGACGCCGCGUGCCCGCUGGAAGAGUCUGAUGGGGUACCAGCCACCGUUUGAUCGCCAUGACUGGGUUGUGGAUCGUUGCGGCACGAAGAUUGAGUAUGUGAUUGAUUUUUAUGCAGGGAGGGAUGAGGGCAAGGCGGGGAAGGCGUUGAAUUUUUAUCUAGAUGUUAGGCCCAAGUUGAAUAGUUGGGAGGCGGUUAAGACGAGGGUUAUGAGGUUUUGGGGGUUUUGAUGUGCCCCAAAGGGCAUGUUGAAUGUGUAGGUUAUGAAUUGUUUGGGGAGAUGAGAGGCCUUCAUGUCUGACGAACCAAGUGUACUAUAUCCACCUGUACAAUAUCAAUGCUACGAUACUUUUUUCUAUUUUCUUCCUUCUUAUAAUCUUAGGUAGCAAAAAAGAAGAUGAAGAAAUGAAAUAUCCUGGACGC